AUAAGAGGAUCCCCGUGAUUUGUCUUGCAACUGGUUGUACACUAAAGCUCACCAGACCCUUCGCUCCAAGUUAUCUUGCAGAUUCUUAAGAGGCUUCUUCUUGUAUCAUCAUGUUUAUCUACUUCGUGCUUUCCCAGUUGUUGACCUGGGCUUUUGCCCAGACCAACUUCACCAAACCCAUCAUCUGGCAAGACCUCCCAGACAUCGAUCUAAUCCGCCACGGCGAUGCAUACUACUACUCGGCCUCGACCUUUCACUUCUCACCUGGAGCAGUGAUACUCCGCUCCUACGACCUCGUCAACUGGGAAUACCUCUCCCACUCGCGCUACAACCAGGGCACCUUCGCCUCCUACUUCAACUACCGCAAGAGCACCAAUACAUUCUAUUGGGGAGGGUGCAUUGUAGGCGACUGGAAGACAUAUGUAUACACCGCGCCCGCCGUGGAAGGCCCCUGGACGCAGAGCUCCUUCAUCGAUAUUUGUCUCUACGACGCGGGCAUGCUCAUAGACGACGACGACACGAUGUAUGUUACGCAUGGCAAUACCAACAUCUCAGUUGCUCAAUUGAGCGACGAUGGCCUCCACGUCGUGAAAGACCAGAUCGUGUUCAAUUCGACUAAGGAGCUUGGCUAUAUUGAGGGAUCUCGGUUCUACAAAGGAACGGCGCAUAGGCCGUUCGGGCCCUAUGAAUGGAAAUGGGUAUUGCAAAGUAACGGGAAUCCAGUCCCAGGCGCCGGGAACCCACAUCAGGGUGCUCUCGUGAACACGCCUGACGACGAGUGGCAUUACAUCGCGCAUCUCGAAGCAUACCCCGGAGGCCGGAUCCCCGUCCUGGCACCCGUCCACUGGGAUGAUGAGGACUGGCCUCACGUGGAUUUUGUCGAUGGGCAGUGGGCGAGCACGUAUCCCUACCCUCUCUCAGAGCACCCAGUCAAGCCCAUCACAGGCACAGACAAGUUCGAAGCACUUGGUCCCCAGUACCAAUGGAACCAUGAGCCAGAUAACUCGGCAUGGGCUAUCAACAAAGGUCUCGAGCUUCGCACGACGAGUGUCACGGACGAUUUCUUCCGCGCUCGAAAUACACUCACCCAUCGCAUUCUCGGGCCUCAGUCUACUCUUACCGUAGAACUCGAUCACUCGCGAAUGGCGGAUGGUGACUGGGCAGGCGUUGUCCUCUUUCGCUACACCGCCGCUUGGAUUGGGGGCAUCAAGAGUGAGAACAGCACCAGAGUGGCAAUGGUGAACAAUAUAUUGAUGAUACCGGAUGACGGGUGGCAUACAGUCAACAAGGGGGACGAGAUCGAUGGUGUUAAGGUCAGCGGGACUACAGUCUGGUUGCGUCUUGAGGUUGGCCUCAACUCGCUUUACAGCCAGGAGGGACGAUUCUCGUUCAGCACUGAUGGUAUCCACUUUGAGUCUCUUGGUGAGCCACAUGAGGAGAUUGAUCGGGGGUUCGUCUUCUUCAUGGGAUAUCGGUACGGCGUCUUCAACUAUGCCACACUUGCGCGAGGCGGUGUUGUCACAGUCAAGUCUGUUAGCAUCUACGAGUAG